UGCCACAUAGUGCAUACCAGUGCACAUCAAUGCCACAUAUCAGUGCCCAUCUGAGCUGCCCUUUCAAUGUCACCCGUCAGUGCCACCUAUCAAUGCCAAUCAGUGCCAGUGUCACCUAUCAGUGCCUAGUGUGCACCUAUCAGUGCGCAUCAGUGCCACCUAACAGUGCCAGUCAGUGCCGCCUAUCAGUGCCAUAUAUCAGUGUCAUGUAUCAGUGCUGCCUUUCAGUGCCCAUCAGUGAUGCCUGUCAAUCCCCAUCAGUGCAACCUACCAGUGCCUCCUCAUCAGUGUCCAUCACAGCCUCAUUAGCGCACAUCAGUGAAAGAGAAAAAUCACUUAUUUACAAAACUGUAUAACAAAAACUAAGAAAAAAUGGUUUUUUUUUUAAUUUUCUGUGGUUUUUGGUUUGUUUA